GGCACAGGACAGCGGAGGUAACUGGGGACUAAAGUUUAUAGAGCGGGGCUUUAAAGAUCUAUGAUCUUUGCUGGGGACCAGUCGCCUGGCGUGCCAACCCCCGGGCCUGGGGUGUUGUAGUGUUUACCCCGCAGGUUUGCACAGUAUCGCGGGGUUGCUGGUGUCUUAUAGUCUUGUGUGUAGGAAGGAACUGCAGAUGCAGGUUUACAUCGAAGAUAGACACAAAAAGCUGGAGUAACUCAGCGGGUCAGGCAGCAUCUCUGUAGAAGAUAAAUAAAUAGGAGACGUUUUGUGUCGAGUCUCUGCUCACUUAGGGAUGAUAUCUCUCUGACUUGUCUGGUCGAGCCUUGUGUGACUCUGGAUACAGCAAUGUGGUAACUUCUUCACAGCUUCCUCAGUUCAGGAUCAAUUGGGGACCACACAAAAUGGAAAAACCUGUGACGCCCAUAUCCCAUGAAUAAAUAAAUGUAUAUUUUUUGUUGUUUAGAUUGCAGAUCAUUUAUUUUGUCAGGAAUGGGAGAUGACAGCAUGGAAAUAGAAGCUGGGAACCACCUGGGUGUGGAGCAACCCUUUUGUGGGAAAGGAAGUGAAGCUGUGAGAAGUGAUGGAAAAUGCAACCUGCUGGAAGGUGACCAUCUGUUUGAUCAAGGAGAAGUGAACGGCAAGGCAAUUAGUGAAAUCAAAUGCACAAAGGACCGGGAAAAUGCCACGAAGGCCAUAGGGUCCAGCAAAGCGACCGAUCUGAUGAGAAGUGAUGAAAAAUGCAAAGGUGACUAUCUCUCUGAGCUGGAAAGUUCUAAGCGCAUGGGGAUAAAUGAAUUCAAUUCAACAGAACAUAAAGAGAAUGCUGAGGACUUGGGGCCAAGCACAAUUGUUCCACCAACCACCUUGUUAGAAAUGAGAAACGGGAGGCCACAAAUGGAAACUGUGGAAUAUCAAGGUGAUACAGUGCAAUUCUCGUGUGACGAAGGUGGAGAACCUGCAAGAAGUCAAGGAGAAUGCAACCAGCAAUCUGAUCAAGAAGGAGCUAAAUUAAUGAAAAGAAAAAAAUUAAAUCCCAUAAAACACCAAGAAAAUGCUACAAAGGACAUGCAGUCCAGCUCAGUUAUUUCAUUAUUUGCCUCAUCCGUUUUGGAAGAUGGAAAAUUGCAAGCAGAAACUAUGGAUGAUCAUGCCAAUGAGCACUUUACUAAUGGUGAAGAAAGAAAGAAAGAAAUCAAUCAAAUGACAAGUGAGCAAAAAUGCGGAAGCUUGCAGCCGUCUGAGCAGGAAUGGACUAAGAGCGUGGGGACAAAUGACCUCAACGCAACAAAACGUCAAGAGAAAGCCAAGAAAGACUUGGGCCCAAGAAUGACAAAAGAGUUCCUGAAGCAGCUCUGCAAGGACCAGAAGCUCUACCAGACACCAUACCUGAAUGACAUACUCUAUUUGCACUUUAAAGGUUUCUCCUGCAUUGAGAACCUGGAGGAAUACACUGGGCUGAGAUGCCUGUGGCUGGAGUGUAAUGGCCUGUCAAAAAUAGGGAACUUGGAAGCUCAGACAGAGCUGCGCUGCCUCUUCCUACAUCAAAACCUCAUUCAUAAAAUAGAGAACCUGGAGCCUCUUCAGAAACUGGAUUCGUUGAACCUCAGCAACAACUACAUAAAGACCAUUGUGAACCUCUCUUGCCUGCCAGUACUCAAUACAUUGCAGAUGGCUCACAACCAGUUGUGUAAGGUGCAGGACGUUGAACACCUGAAGCAGUGCCCUAGCCUAAGUGUCCUUGACCUUUCAUACAAUAAGCUCGAUGACCCUAAUAUUAUCACUGUCUUCGAGAUGAUGCCUAACCUACGUGUGUUGAACCUGAUGGGAAAUGAAGUCAUCAAAAAAAUCUCUAACUACAGGAAGGAGUUGACUGUGCGCCUGAAGCAGCUAACAUACCUGGAUGACCGUCCAGUUUUUCCAAAAGACAGGGCAUGUGCAGAGGCCUGGGCUCGAGGAGGAUGGACUGCUGAGAAGGAAGAGAGGGAACAAUGGGAAACAAGUGAACGGAGGAAAAUUCAGGAAAGUAUUGAUGCCUUGACAGCGAUCAAAAAGAAGGCUGAGGAGAAACGUAGGCUGCAAGAAAUGGAAGCAAAAGGUGAAAAUUCUUCUGCAGAGAUUGUGCCUGGCACAAUACCAUAUUCCUCAGAUGCAGAGACCCAACAAAAGAUUGAUAAAUUUGUGCAUAAUGUAUUAACAAUCCAGGAGGAGAUUCCAGCAUACUGGCAACAAAAGACAGAACGGGAAAAUCCAGAGAUUGCCACCAAGAACCAGCAGGGAGGAUCAGGUUUGCUAAUGGCAGACCAGAGAAAGCAGCCUUUCAAUUCAGAGGGAGCAAGUGAGGCUGAACUUAUGCAGUCAGAGGAAAGGAUCACCUCGUCUUCACUUGGUAUCUCUGACCAAUUGCAGAGCACUGCCUUUAGUGAUGCUGCAGAUACGCCAUCAAAGUCACUGACAGCUCAGGUGGUACUAGUGACAGAACUGGAUCAGACAGAUACCAUGGAGACCAUCUACUUGGAAGGGGAACAACAUCUUUACAUUGAUGAUUUACCUGAUCUGGAAGAUGUAGAUAUGAGUGACCUAUCAGAGGCUGAACAGAGUUUAAGUGACGAGACAAAUCAUCAUGCAAAGAUUGAAGUACUUGCUUCUAGAUGUGAUUACAAUAAUUUUUUCUUGGAAGAUGGAGUACAAACCCUAAUAGAGGAGAUAACUGAGCAACCUAAUGGGGAAAGUUCUACAAAGGAAAAAAAGUCUAUCAAUCCGUCCGGCCAGGAGACACCAAAAGGAGCUUUGGAUCUAAAGCCUGCAAUACAACAGAGUAUCAGCGAAUUAGGAAGCUUGUUAAUUAGUGAAGGAAAUCCUGAGAAAGGCACAACUGAAAUGAAUAACAGUUUUUUGAUGAAGGUAAACAUCCUAUCCGAUGAAGGUGAGGGUGAUAAGCCUAAGAAGCUGCUGAUUGAGGAAAUCUCCAACCAGCUUUUUAUGGAGAACAUCAAGAAAAUUACACCAUCAAUACAAGAACCUGGCCCAAAGGAUCAACAAAUUCAAGAAGAAUUAGCAAAUUUGGAACUAGGGCGUAUCAACAUUGAGGACAUUGAGUUUGGACUAGAUUGAGAAGUCCAUGUUAAAAGACAAUAGAUUUUAUUUUACAGGAAAUGUAACUGAUAUAUAGUUCUUGUUAGACAAAAAAUGUUAGUUUUCCUUGCUAUUUAACAAUAUUGUGUUCUUGUUUUUGAAUCUAUUUUGCUUUACAUUUUAAUAAAUUAUUUUAUAUUUAUAAUAUUACAUCAAAAAAGACUCAGAAGCCAAGGUGUGAGGGAAGGAAACAUGGGUUCCAUCCAUGGGGGUGGACUAAAAAGAAUGGAAAAAGCCCAAUAUGGUGCAAUAACAAAACAAAAUCCUAAGUCCCUAGUGCAACCCAGGCAGGCAAUGCUAGAUAUCCAGAUUUGAUUGUUUGCACGGCUGUCCUUGUAAAUGCAUGGGUUCCACCGGGUUCACCUGUUUCUACCGGACUCACCUGUUUCCACCCGCAUCCCAAACAAUGUGUGGGCUGGCCAGUUAAUUCCCAGUUGGAAAUUUUUGCUGAUUUGAAGGCGAAUGGUAAAAUCUGUGGUUGGGGCAGUAUUGGAGAGAAUUAAAAAAAUGGAUUGGGCUCCUUCCAGCGUCGCUGCGUGGUCCCUGCACAUGACCUUGAGGUUCCGAAUACCAGUCAAAAUAUUGCUUUUCCAAUAGUAAUGAUAUUGCAUUUCCUUAUUGCUUUGUGCAUGAUCUUGAGGCUUUCUUUUGUUUGCCUGGUGAUGUCUUCUCAUUACUCUAAAUCCCCAAUGGACCUUGAUUUUUUUAUCUUCCUUUCCUCGCAAUCCAAAACUCAAUUUUCAUCCUGUCUACCUUAUGCUUUCCUCUGGAUUAAAGUUUGGAGAAUAAAGAAGCUACUCCAGUAACUUCAAUCUGAACUACUGAAGAAUUACUAACACUGUUUCUGGUUAAGAAAUAUUGUGAAUGAUAAGUGUAACCCCAUGAUGGUUUUAGUUCUGUUUUUUUUGAGUGAAUAUUAAAUGAUGCACUGUUGGCA